AGGGAAGGCAUGACACUGCCAUUUGUCUUGUGGCCUUGGCAGUGAACACACGUACGACUUAUCUUCUUGUGGCUUCACAAGUGAGCAUCGAGGUGCUAGCAGUCCAGCAGCUUCCAGCAACGAAGAGUUUACACACACUCUUCACUGUUCACACACACAACCUUCACCACCUCCCUAGGAAGCUGGCAACGCUCCCAACUUUAUAAAAAAAAAAACUUCUGCGACACUGAGAGCGCCCUAAACGACAUUCCUGAAUUUCUGAGACCGCUUUAAGAGUUUCACAAGACGCCCUGAAAACGCUGGGAGCACCCUAAGAGCUCCACAAAACGCUCUAAGAAUGCUGAGCGGUAUAAGACUUUCACAAGACGCUGCUGAGUGCUGAAAGCCCCCUAAAACAUUGCGAAUUCUUGAAAAAAGUUUAAAUAAAACCCCAGAAUAUGCUGAGAGCUCCUUAAGAAUUUACAAAACACCCUGAGAUUACGCCAAGAUUAACCAAAACGCAGUGAGAACACUAAGAACGCGGCACAAGGAAGGAAGGUCAAGAUGAGGGCAACAACGGCAAUGAUGAUGACAGUGUGUCUGACAGCCGUGGCAAGAUCAUCACCUCAACCCAUUGGCGAGUGUCAGACGAAGGGACAGGUCCUGGCAGACAGCGACUCGUGCUCUCGUUUCCACGUCUGCCGCAUCCUGGAAGACGGACAUUUCACCACAGACAUCGCCGUCUGCCCCAACAAGAUGCUCUUCGACAUGGUCACUCUCACUUGUAUCAACCAGGAUCACGGCUACGUGCAAGACCCCUCCAGCUGCACCAAGUUCUUCGGGUGUCAGCCACCAGCGCAGGGUGGUGGAGAUCUUGUGAGGCGGCGCUACUCAUGCACUGGUCAACUCCGCUUCCACCCCGUGAAGAGGUACUGCACUUACAAGACUGACGUACCUGACAACCUGUGUAAUAACACUAAGUCUGAGCAGCAGAUCAUCGGCCAGAGACACUCCCAGACAGCUACCCCCGCCAUCACCAAGCCUACAACCACUACCACCACAGCCAAGCCCAAGACCACUAACACUACUGCCAAGCCCACAACAUCAACAACCCCAGCUGCCAAGCCCACUCCUGGCAAGCAGAGAACCACAAGAGCUACCUCUCCCACUACCACCACAACCACUACCAAGCCCACAACUACUACAAAACCUAUCACAACUACUGCUACUAGUUCUAUCACCACCACCACCACCACCACUCCAACCACCACCACCACCACUCCAACCAUCACCACCACCACCUCCUCCCCCAGCACAGCGGUGGAGGCUGGUGCAGGAAAACCAGCUCCAGGAAUCAUAACCAAAAACACUAACGUGCGCCCCAUCACUGACAUCACAGACAUCGAGAGAAUCACCCAGGUCAUCAAAGGCCAACUGCUGAGCCGGAACCAGAUCAGCAGGAAGGAGGCGGCGGCAGCCACAAGUGUUCUCCAAUAACAAUAAAUGACUCCAACUUUUCUUAGGUGCUCCUGAAGGAGGACCUUGAAGACGCUGCCUGUUCUUUUCAUCUCUUUUUUUUCUCCAACUUUUCCAUAUUAUUUCGUUCAUAACUAGAGAACGCCUCAUAUAAUCGGAUUCAAAUUUUCAUCAUUUGUGUACGGUAAGGAGGAUCAAAUUCUUGGAACAAUUGGCAUGGUCAUGUUCCUCAUGACCAAAGUUGUUGAACCCAUUCCCGGCAUCCUGGAAUGGGAUAGAUACCUUCCAAAACCCUCAGUAGUGUAGAUUCAAACGUUCAAAAAAGUGCCAAAAAAAUUCGACGACGUCGGAGAGUAACAUUCAUGUGCACAGGCAGAUUAACCAUUUUAUGUGUAAAACAGUGUGAAAUUUUUAUUCCCGUUAUAUUUAUUUAAUGGAUGAUGCAUCCCAGGGCCAGGAUAAUAGCCAUUAAGUCUGGUGUGUGUACAGGUACAUUUGUGAUGUAAAAUAUAAAAAAAAUGGACAAGUUGGACUGUGCCAAAACAGGAAAUGACUCAUUUAAUCAGCUUGCCAAUUUGCACCACUGGUACGAUUUAAUGAACAAAAGGUUCAUGCUGCCAUUGGGUGAAGUGUAGUGAAUAAAUGCUAUUCAUUUCUUAUUCAAAACUAAAGAAUGCUCAUUCUGACUUGCCUUAAAUUAUUACUGGCGAUGCAGUCUUUAAGAAGAAUGAUACUACAUUAGUUUCGUUGAAGUAGGUGCAAAUUUGAAAUUUUACUGAAAUAAUAAAAACCUGGAAUCACUGGAGUCAGAACAAUUACUAGAGAAUGCCUUUCUUGGCUGGCUUUAAACUUUUACCAUUAGUGGGUUUUAUUACAACACAGAUUAUCACUCUCUGAGUUGUGUAAAUUUCAAUUUGCCAAAUUUAUUAAGCAAAUUGCUUUCCAUGUAAUAACUAAUUAAUGCCUCUUCUGAUCAGCUUCAAACCCUAAAUGCUGAUGUAUCUUAAUAGUAGGUAUUUUUUUUAUUAAGUUUGGGCUGUGUAGAUGGUAAUUUGAUAUAUUUAGGAUAAUUUUAUCAAACUAAAUUUAAAAAAAAAAAGUUAAAAUAAAGUAUUUUUUCUUAUAGCUUGGUGGAGAAUUUUAAGUUAAAUGUAAAUGAAAAAAGUAAACUAAUCUUUUUAACAUUAACGAGAGAAAUUUUCUUACUUUUCGUAACAUUCUCAAACAUUUGUUUGCUUCUUACUAAUUUUUGUUUAUUACUCGAGAAAGCCUUAUUCGACCAGCUUCAAAUUUUCAACGUUGGUAUAACUGGAUAUUGGUCUCUUUGAAAAGUUUGAAUUAGAUUUGGACCAUGUUUGUCCGAAUUUACAAUUUUUACUGAAGAAAUUUGAAUAUAAAUUUUAUAUGAUGACUUAUGAAUGACUCUACUGAUUCCAAUCAGAUCCUCUGCACUAACAUUUAACUUCAUUAUCAAUUUCUGCCGCAUUCUACACUGUCCCAAUCGUGAGUAUUGAAGCACAAGACACUGGAAUUAUGAAAUAUAGUAUACGAAGAUACAUUUCUUGGAUCGGGCAGCUACCUAAAUAUUUCUAGUUUUAA